AUGUCCGCCAUGGCCACCCCGAGCGCCUCCAAUAGGACCUCUGAUGACCCCUUUGAUAGGUUGAGCGACGCCGCCACAGCCAUCAGCGACGCCAUCAAGGGCGGCGCAAAGGGCAACAGCAUCCUCGUCGGCGCGGGCACGCCCUCUAAUGAGCAAGACGAGACGAUUGGUCUCCUUGCGCCCAAGAACGUUCUACUCGGUGUGACGACGCUUAUGCCAUAUUUUGCAGAUUUACUCAAGAUGUAUGUGUCUGCCCAGCCACGAAAGACACAACACAGCUCAUCCCUUGUAGAGAUAUGUCAUUAA